CAGUACUUGGACAAGCUAAAGGGGUCCUUUAAUUCUGAUGGCGUCUUAGUAAGUGAAGAUGUUGUGAAUAAUUUUAUAUACUUUUUUUAUAUGUUUAAUUUAAUGCUCACUAAUCUGUACAAAUGCGUAGUUCGUAUUUUAAGCCGCAAAAUGGCUCAAACUACAAAUACACCAAGUUAAAAGCUUCAAGUCAGUUUAAAACUGACUCGCCUAGCAAGUCAGUUGCAAUGUCCCAGAAGCCCCAGAAAAAUGCCCAAACUGCACAUUACAUCGAGCUGGGAGGUUACCAGUACUGGCCUGUACUGGUGCCCAGAGGCAUCAGACUGUACACGUACGAACAGAUCCCGGUUUUCCUGAGAGAAAAUCCAUACAUCACAGAUGGAUACAGAGCCUACCUGCCAUCCAGGCUGUGCAUCAAGAGCCUCUUCAUCCUAUCCAAUGAGACGGUGAAUAUCUGGAGCCAUCUGUUGGGCUUCCUGCUCUUCUUCUGCGUCGGGGUGUACAACAUGGCGUCGGUGCUGCCCUCCAUCCAGGCCUCCAGGGAGGAUUACGUCAUCUACUCCAUCGGGCUGUUCUGCUUCCAGCUCUGCAUGCUCUGCUCCGUGGGUUACCACCUGUUCUGCUGCCACCGCUCGGAGAAGACCAGCCGCCGCUGGAUGGCGCUGGACUACGCCGGCGUUUCCAUCGGCAUUCUGGGAUGCUACGUUCCAGGAGUGUUUUACACUUUCUACUGUGACAACUACUGGCGGCAGGUUUACCUGGUGACGGUCCUGGCCAUGAUCCUGGCCGUCUUCUUCGCCCAGAUCCAUCCUCUCUACCUCAGUAAGCAGUGGAAGCAGCUGCGCUCGCUCAUCUUCUGCUUCGUGACCGGAUACGGCCUCAUCCCAACGCUCCACUGGAUCUGGAUCACCGGAGGAUUCUCCUCUCAACUCGUCCAGGCUUUCGUUCCACGGAUCCUUGGGAUGUACUUCAUCGCAGCGUUGGCGCUUAUUUUCUAUGUUUCUAAGGUUCCAGAGCGAUAUUUCCCAGGUCAGCUGAACUACCUGGGCUCCAGCCACCAGGUGUGGCACCUGCUGCUGGUUCUGAUGUUCUACUGGUGGCACCAGUCGUCGGGUUUCAUCAUGGCGUACAGACACAGUCAGCCGUGUCCCGCCGCUCCUCAGCACACUUAGUUCACAGCGCGACACGGCGACUUUCUGAACGAAUGACCUUUGACCCGGUGGCUUGCAUUUUACCUGCAUGAGGAGCAAGAUGGUCAGUGGCGCUGCAGCACAGGAAGCAAGGUGACAUGAAUGCAUCAUAAAAAUCACCAACAGGAACAAAUUAACAGGAAGCUCCUGUACUUCCUGGUUCUCCAAGUGCCUGUAAAUGAUGUAGCAUCAAAUGUUUCUGAAUGGGGAAACUUAAAUCUGCAGAUUUUUUGAUAUUUGAUAUGUUUUAACAAUAUCAAGAAGCAAAAAGUGAGCAUGUUAAAGCAAUUAAAACCCCAAAGACUUGUUGUUCAGCAGCUUCUUUCAGAACUGUUAAUCAUAUUUUUAUGUUUUUUUUUUGGGACUCAGUCGAUGUUCUUAAGCUCAUAUUAGCAGUAAGUAAUGAGCAGCUCCGCCUCUAGAGGUCACUAUUGAGGCACAACAGUGAUUUAAAUGGCAGUAUUAAAACUACAUUCUCUGUCCUUUUAUAUUCAUUGUUAUAAUCCUGUUUUUGGUUCAUAUGUGAGGAUUUUUUUGGGAGCAGACAAGAGAAAAAAUAAUCAAUGUUUUCAGAUGUAUUACUGUAAAAUAUGAUGUUCUAGCUCCCUUAGGGUGAUGUGCAAUGUUUUACUGUUUUAGUAUUUUAAAUGACUUCAUUCCAGCUUUUAUGUACAUUACAUGAAUGUUUUAUCUAUUAAAACAUUUGAUUAUA